AUGCCCGACGACGUCAUGGGGAGCUCCGAGCCCUCCUCCAAGCAGUCUCCGAUAGCCAGCGCGUCUGCUCCGACAACGCAUUUCUUCCCCUUCGCAACGUCUCCGGAUAUCAUUCGCUCUCAUGAAAAGGAUUCUUUCGCCACAGCCAAUCUGACGAACCAGGCGCAAUCGGUCGUCCGAGCUCUCAAGGGAGCCCGGUUCGCGCACGGAAAUGCAGAUACCAUCAAGAACUUGACCGAACUGCUAUACUUUUCCCUAACAACGCUCAUUGGGAAUCGCACCUUGGGGGAAGAAUAUUGCGAUGUUGUACAGCUCGAAAAUGACACAUUGCAGCUCCCUUCGCUUGCGCGACGACUUGGUUAUAUCGUUAGCAGUGUGUUGAUCCCCUGGAUGUUUAGCCAUUCGCUCCCGUCACUGCGCCGCAAGCUUCGCGCCAGGUUAGAACGAAGUAUCGCCAGGCAACAAGUGAAAGCAGCGACUCAGGGAUCCUCAUUUAGCACGGAGAAUAAUUCGAAGAAACCAUCUUUUUGGAACUCACUGCGAGUCCAGGAAUAUAUCCUUGAACACCUCGACUCCUUGACUUCGCCGUCUCCUAUGUACGCCCUAAGUUUAGCGACCUUCUAUUUCACGGGCGCCUAUUAUCACCUGUCAAAACGAAUCUGGGGCCUGCGAUAUAUCUUCACGAAGCGGAUAGACGAAAGCGAACAGCGGGUGGGCUACGAAGUGCUCGGCGUCCUUCUAGUCCUACAAAUGACCAUACAAGGCAUAAUCCAUCUACGAAAAACAAUAAAAUCGUUUCAAGAAGAGCGAGAUUCUAGUGCCCAAGCCGCGCCAGUUGAGCAACAAAAGGGAGAGACCUCACUCUCAUCAAUCCAAAACCCGCCGUCGAUUCCCACCCUCAACGCGAGUACUCCUCGGUAUGAUCUUUCCGAAAACCCGUCUGCGGUAGCAUGGAUUCCAGAAGGGCAAAAUCAGAAAUGCACAUUGUGUCUCGAGCUGUUUAAGGAUCCUAGUGUGACUACCUGUGGUCACGUAUUUUGCUGGACAUGCAUACGAGACUGGGUUCGCGAAAAGCCCGAAUGCCCGCUAUGUCGACAAGAAGUUCUUGCAUCAAAGAUUCUGCCAGUUCGAGGCUAG